AGCGCGCGCGCGGGGGCAAGAUGGCAGCCGGGUUCAAAACUGUGGAGCCGCUGGAAUAUUACAGGAGAUUUUUGAAAGAGAACUGCCGUCCAGACGGAAGAGAACUUGGUGAAUUCAGAACCACCACUGUCAACAUAGGUUCCAUCAGUACAGCAGAUGGUUCUGCUUUAGUGAAGCUAGGAAAUACUACAGUAAUUUGUGGAAUUAAAGCGGAAUUCACAACGCCACCAACAGAUGCCCCUGAUAAAGGGUAUAUAGUUCCUAACGUGGAUUUACCACCCCUGUGUUCGUCGAGAUUUCGGUCUGGACCCCCUGGCGAAGAGGCUCAAGUGGCCAGCCAGUUCAUUGCUGAUGUCAUCGAAAAUUCACAGGUAAUUCAGAAAGAAGACUUAUGCAUUUCACAGGGAAAGCUCGCUUGGGUUCUAUACUGUGAUCUCAUUUGCCUCGAUUAUGAUGGAAACAUUUUGGAUGCCUGUACGUUUGCUUUGUUAGCUGCUUUAAAAAAUGUACAGUUACCUGAAGUUACUAUAAAUGAAGAAACUGCCUUAGCAGAAGUUAAUUUAAAGAAGAAAAGUCAUUUGAAUAUUAGAAACUACCCAGUUGCAACUUCUUUUGCCAUAUUUGAUGACACUUUACUGAUCGUUGACCCGACUGGAGAAGAGGAACACCUGGCAACCGGAACCUUAACGAUAGUGAUGGACGAGGGCGGCCGGCUGUGCUGCCUUCACAAACCAGGUGGAAGCGGGCUGACUGGCACUAAACUUCAGGACUGUAUGAGUAGAGCAGUUACAAGACACAAAGAAGUGAAAAAACUGAUGGAUGAAGUAAUUCACAGCAUGAAACCCAAAUAAACUACUUUUUCAAUGCAGAUUUGUAAAAACUAUUUGUUACCAUUGUGCACAGACCUUUUAUAUUAGAUAAAUAUGAAAUUACUUUUUCUGAAAAAGUUGUUUCUAGCAUUUCUUGGGCCACUUCUGUAUAAAUUGUGUACAGUGACACUUUAAGAAAGCAAUCAGGCUCACUGGUUAAAUCAUUUCUCUGUUUUAUUUAAAAACCAUAGGGUUGUGCUUCUGUAUAAAGUCUGUACAUCUAGCAAUGUAAAAUACUGACACAUUAAAAAACCAAAACAAAAAUUAAGUAAAAACUCA